AUGUACGUUCAAACAACUGCUUCAGGUAAUGUUCUCAUCGAUCGUGAUGGCCGUAACAUUGCACAAGAGGGCGCGGCGGGGUGCCCCUCUCGGCUGCAGUCAGCCGCGUGCGCCCGCGCCCCGCGCACGCUGCACGCUGCACCGCUGCGCGCCCUCGUAGCGCACCCGCACCCGCACCCACCACUGCACACGUGCACACCACCAUCUGUCACUACCACGACGUGGACGGACUUAUUGCAUCUUUGUUUACGAUGCCACCGCCUGCGCAUACCAGAAUUAUACGCAAUGUUGCUACGGGUCGUUCAUUCUUAUCCCCGCCUUCGCCUGCUUCAGGAGCUGAUAACUAUUUUCCUGGCGAAUGAAAAAUAAUCUAAUUACUUCAAGAGAAGUACCUUAAGCAGCGGAGGUGUUUAUUCGGAGAGGCGCGAGGCUGCCGAGGUGGCGGCUGAGUCAGCAGCAAGCAUGAUGUCAUAUGGCAUGCGGAUAAUUGGAGCGUCCCGGCGCACGUCACAUCCCAUUCCCGCCGCAUACUUCACCCAAUCGAGCGAUGACAAAUCCAUUCAUAUUACCCACUCUAUUGUGCGUUACAGCUCUGUUUAGAAUUAAUUUAUCCUACACUGUAUUUGCCUUAUUUGUAUGUAUUAUGUGAUAUAUUUACCUUAAGCGAAUUGUACGAAAUACGUGAAUCUAGAAACGAAGACGACGUAGAUAUUCGAAGAACCAGAAGAAUCGGAGAUAAAGAAGAAAAUAAGAUUUACGAAACUGGUUUUCAUAAUGGUUUGACAGAUUGUUCUAUAUUCUGAGAUCAUUGUGAAAGCUGAUUUUGUUCCUAAAUCGAUUCAUUUAUGUCGACGGAAUCAACGCAGUGCGAACACUUGAAGAUAGUCACCACAUCGAGCUAUGUACACCAGACUUCAGUUCACACGUUUGAUACAUUAAAAUGCACUUGUAUACAUAAUAGUUGAACUAAUUGACGUUGCAGAGGGCACGAUCAAUUAGUUCGAUUAAUGUGUAUUUUUAACGCUAUUUUAAUGAUAAAUGUUGUUUAUAUACCAUUAAUUACUAUUACAUGUAUAUUUCCUAUUAUAGCUGUGUAAAUAUUAUUUUUUACGUGAUUGUCUCAUAAAAUGUUUUUUUGGUGCAUGUCUAUUUGUUAACUUUAUUUAUUUAAACAUAAACUAAUUUUUUUUCAGGGAUCCAAUUGGUUUCUUUUGAAUGACGUAAUUGUAUAUUUCAUUAUUUGUUUACCUGUACUUGAUUUUCAUGUAUUUUUUGUAUUUCUGAUGCACGUGUACUAAUAAAAAUUUACUUACA